AUCUAUCUAUAUUAUAAAGCCUGUUGCCAAAAUCCCUUUGAAAUGACUACUUUACCCUGCUUUUUUUCCCGUAUCAUCAGAUCUGCCACUCAGCCAUACCACUGUCUAUACGUUUACAACAUCCCAGCCACUCAUUCCAUCUCUAUACUCCCACGUGUAGCUCGAUCCUCCCUCCGUAUUUUGUAUCAGCUCAUCAUGUAUACCUCGAUUCAAACUCACAGUUCGAAAGCAGCUUAGGUUUUGGUUUUGGGGCUUCUCGACCGUGCUUUCAAUGAUGGGUUCCGGCGAUGAGUCUGAUUUGAAUGUUGUUUCGGAGCACGAUUCUGAUUUUACGAACUCUCCGCGUCGAGACUUGGCGUGGAAAUUCGGUGAUGUUUUUAAAAAAAGAGAGGAUUUCUUAAAUGUCGACAAGACAGAGUACUCCCCACAGAAGAGGAGAAAAUUGUCUACAUCUCUAUUGUCUAAUGUUUUUAACUAUGAUCUUGGAAUGAUGAAAGACAAGUCUAAUACACGUGUCGCUCAUCCCUCCUUCUAUUAUUCUCUCAGCCUAAAUCAUCUAAUACAUUUCAAAUUUUCAAAAUUGAUUGGAACUGACGAACUGUGGCAGUUUUGCGAUGUAGUUUGUGCGAAAAACUCUUAUCUUCUUUUGAUUGUCUUCUUGGAGUGGUAAUUGAUGGAUUCUUUGGAAGAGACUCCUUCGAAGUCGCCGUCAUUGGACUUUGGUGGUUCAAUGGUUGGAUCCUCUUUAAAACCAAACAAAAUUUCAAUGUUAGGUGAAGUUUUUCGGAAUAGUAUGAUCUUUGUUUCAAGUAUUGUACGUAAGGUCUUUCCGGAAGACUGCCCGCAGACUGGUGUUUUUCUAUCAACUGGUCUCCCGGCUCUUUUGUAAAGAAACUGUCCGCAGACUUGGAAUGGUAACUAACAUGUAUCCUUCCUCUGCAUUGAUCGGCCAGGACAUGGAUGUGACCCUUGACAGAGAUGAGCUGAUGGGUUUGCUGGAGUUUCCAGGAAGCUUGCAAUAAAAUUGCUUUUGCUGGAUACAAUAUGGUGAUUCCUGAAUUUUUUGAUGGAGGAUAUUUUAGAGUUACAAGUUACAAGAGGUCUCUUGCAGACUAGACUGGGUGAACUGAAUUCCAACAGCUAAAGGGGUAGAAGAUACCAAACUGAUCAUUCAUGCUCUAAAUAGCAAAGGAAUCUCAGCAGUUGGAGCUGCAGGGUUCUGUUGGGGAGGUAAAAAUAUUUGUCAUCUUUUUUUGCUUCUUCGCAGUCAAUUUGAGAAAACAGGCACACAAUCAACUUAGUCUGUUGACAUAGUAAAAUCACAGAUUAUGUUUAAUGGCAAACUAUGUUGACCUUCUACACAAUUAGUAUAUGGAAUAGAACUCAUAGCUGAAAUAAUUUGGAAUAAUUUAAAAAAUAGUGUUAUAAUGAUACUAAUUAUAUAAUUUGAUCUUUGCUAGACAUAGCAUGUUUGCCGGCUAAUUUCAUUACUUUUUGUCCUGAUAACAUAAAAUGUGAAGCAAUUGGCUGACAUCACCUUAUAAGUUGAUUGUUUAAUUAAAUUGCAUUUUGUUUGCAUAGUAUGUCAUGGCUCAUAAUUAUGCUUAAUAAUCUGUGAUUAACUAUGUCAAAAGACUAAGUUGAUUGUGUGUAUGUUUUCUCAGAUUGACUGUGAAGAAGCCAAAAAAGGUUAAGUAGCGGUCUUUUUACUUUUAUUAACAAUGUAUCAGAUUGAAUGUAACUCUUAUAUUGGUAAGAACUCAUUAUUGAUUAUUUCAGAGCCAUCGAUUAACAUACUUAUGUCUCUAUGGAUAUUUGAACUCAACGAAGAGACGAUGAUUGGCUUAUUCAAGGGAUUAUAAAUUAACAAAACUUUAGUCUGUUACACAUGACUACUCUUAUGGUUCAUUGAUUGAUUCAUUAUUUUUUUUUCUUUUUGCAAUCUUUCUAUCAGAGGGUUUCUUGCAAUUUUCGGAAAUUGCCAAAUUGGGAUCACAGAGGGUCAGAGAUGAGCUGAAGAGGCUUUCUAAGUAGUGUGAUAAAGUUACAUCAAGAAAAAAAUACAAUAAAGAUUGAGGUUUAAGAGACACAUCUUCCCUGUCGCCACACACAAGAGAAUACAAGAUGACGCUACAAAAUCAAUUCUAGCUUUACAUGAAAGUCUUCCGUACUUGAUAUAUUUAUAUAUAAUCGAUAUCCAGUGUCUCUGCAUCUUAGGGAAGCGAAGCAAAAUGUCUAAGAUACAAAGACAAAUAUAAUGUAAGUGUUCUAAUUUGUUAUUUGUGCUUAUUUCUUUCUGCAUCAUAUAUGUAGGCUAAUGAGGCACAAGGAUGACCAUUACAAGCUAAAGUUCUUGGAAUUCAAAGCAAAAAGAAGUUUUCCAUUCCGAUUUUUUAAAUUCAAGGAGAAGUCAUCGUGGAGAAGUUCGUGGUGGAUAGUCAGAAAAUAUAAGGAUGAUUGAGCUCCGCCUGGAGCCACAACUCCUCCAACUCUGGCACAGCCUGGAGCCACAGCUCCUCCAAGAGAUAAAGCAAUCACAUUAGGCGACGGGAUUCUAAAAGUGGCAUUUAACAAGGAAAAGACAUUGCAACCUACACUAUAAAAGCUGUAGAUGACCCGAGGACCUUGAACAAAAUUCUCUAUGUAAGGCCUCCCCACAACACACUUUCUUUCAAUGAUGUUCUGUCUUUGUGGGAGAAAAAUAUAGGCAAAACUCUUGAGAAAAUAUAUGUUCCAGAAGAGCAAGUCCUGAAGGACAUUGAAGAAUCCCCUCCGAUCAAUGUGCUGCUAUCUAUCAGUCAUUGUGCAUUGGUGAAGGGAGAUCAGACCAGCUUUGAAAUUGAACCUCCAUUUGUUGUGCAGGCUUCCAAAAUUAAACUGAUGUCAAAUACACAACUGUGGACGAGUAUCUCAACAAAUUUGUCUAAACCAAGUCUAUUUUGUCUGCUACAUUAAGCAUAACGCUACCUUUGCACUAAACUUAUAGUGUAUCAAUGUUAUAAGCAUAACACUACCUUUGCACUAAACUUAUAGUGUAUCAAUGUUAUACUUUCUGAAUUGAAUAAGAAUGUUAAAGCUAUUAUAUGUUAAUUGGUCUGCUACUAUAAAUAAGUUGCAGGUUACUUCAACUCCAAAGUCUCAGGUUUAGAAGUAUAAGUUCAAAUAUUUAUAUACUGUAAUCAAACUUCAUAAAUCUUUCUU